GCCCAAACACCAGAGCCGUUGCGGAACAGCCAGGUCUCCUCGACCAGGCCGAGGAAUUGAUGGCUUUGGCCGUGGCAGCCUGGAGCGAGGAGGCAUUGUGCAGAGGUCUGCGUCGGGGCCGGACGGUCGGCCAGGGAACUACGGAGAUCAUUUUACCACCCCCAAGGUUGCUGCCCGUUUUUGCAGGCCACGACCGCUCUUCCCAUGCGGAGCGGCAGGCGCUGCUUCGGAUUCUUCGAGGCUGCUCGCCACUGGAUGGUGCUGGCAGCGACGCAGCGAGAAAAUGCGGAGGCAGGCGGGAUCAUCGUAUCUGA